AAUUCCGAGUUCGCGAUCGGAUCGGGUGCCCCGCCCCUCUCCUCCACAUUUUGCCCAGGGAGGGAGGUAGGAGUUGCCCCGGGGGCGGCCUGGAAAAGUAAGGCAUGGAGUCCUCUGGUCGGAAAGAAAAACCCAAAGUGAAAGAGACUGUGAACCGAAUAGAGAAAGCCAGGCAGAGAUCGGCUCAGCAGGAACUGAAGCAGAGACAGAGGGCCGAGAUUUAUGCUCUCAACAGAGUAAUGACCGAACUGGAGCAGCAGCAAUUUGAUGAGUUCUGUAAGCAGAUGCAGCCUCCAAGAGAAUGAACUCUCUCCUUCAUUGAGACCAGGUGGGGCCCCUGAGGCUUGGAUCAUGACCUUUGUAACCAGUUCUUCCAAGGUGGCUCACUUUGGGCCAUACAAAUGUAGAGACAAAGAUUUAUGUACUUUUUAAAGUUGGAUAAAUCUGAAUUUGAUACUUUCUGUGACUGCUUCUUCACCUAUCCCUGUCUUCCUCAGGUUAGCAUCAUUUUUCUGAACUUUUUUCCCCCCCAAUUUCAGUUGUUUGAACUGGGAGUGGGGAGUGCGGAAGAAAGUCAGAAUUUGUCGUGGAACUUUCUCUUUUCCAAGAAAAUAAACUACAAAGU